CAAUCGUUCUUCAGUCAAAUCAUUUCCGGCGCGAAAUGUAAACAAAUGAAAACUGAAAAUAUGUUAAAUAUAUAAUUCUUUCACGAUUUAUGCUUUUCAUGUGUAACUCAUGUCUUUCUUUGUUUGAAAUGAUUGACAUGUAAACAAAUUAAACCAAAUUUGAAGAAAUUCUUCGUGUUUCACGGUGAUCAUAAUGACGGAGACAGCAUCACAUACUCCUGUAAUAGGGGCAUGGUCAACUAAACGUCGCAACAGUAUUCUUAGAACAGCUCAAACUGGUACACCUUUCAGGACUCCGGACAGACGAAGAUUUGGACCCCUAGGCACAUCAUGGCGCACACCUAGAACCAGGUUAGAUGGGCAAUCAAGUACAAGUACACCAGUGAGCCGUACAGCAAGAGUGCCAGAAAUUCAGGAAGUAACCCAAAGAACUGAAUUGGAAGAGAACAAUAUCAUGGAACUGACAAAGAAGGUAUGGAGGGUGUUCCGCUUGACACCACUUCACAAUUUCUGUGAGAAGAAGUCAGAUCUGCAGCAUUAUUCUAAAAGUUUAUCUUCACAUGUAGCAGCAGAGAGUAAACGUGGAACAUUUAUAGACACAAGUGAACCUGGAGAUGCUACUGUGGGCAUGUUUUCAGGACUCGAUGUUGGGAUAGAGGAUCACAAGGCUGUUCUUAUAGAAAUUAAAGGAAAAGCUAGGAAUAAAGAAGUAGAGAAAGUGAUAAGUCAGGCAGUAUUGUUUUGCACCGACCUCGAGUAUAAUCCACUGAAACCUUCACUACAGUCUCAUUUCACAUACUUCUCUAACAUGUUGGUUCGUGGACCAGAAACAUUGUCACAGACCGUACAGAACUGGAUGGAGGUUCAGUUCGACUGUAAAGUUGUCCUACAGACGUUCACCUCACAUGAGUUGUCUUUCAUGGCAGCCAUGUUUACAGGAUUUAAUGAAGUACACAAGCCUUGUGAGUUGGUGUAUGGUAUACCUACAGAAGUAGAAGGACUUUCUAACAUAGAUUACUCUACCAAGGCCGAGGACUGUCUUAGGUUAUGGAACAAAAUACACAUGUCAGAAAGUGACAGUUUUACAUCAGAAGAAGCUCAGAUGUUUAUGUCUGGAUUAGAGGGACAUUUUUAUGACAUAUUUCAUGUUAAACUAAAUGCGAUGCCAUUGUUGACUAUUGGAACAUCAGUGGCAUUUGUUGGAAGAGAUGGAAAAUUAAAGAUAUACUCUAGGACUCCAGAGAAUGUUUUAAAAGUUUGCAGACACCUAACAGAUUUGGCCCUGGACCAGCUAAAGACAUUCUGAAUGACUACAGACUUAUCUGACUGAAUCUCCUGUGAUACUGUGUACAUAUUUGUCUGGAGUGAUGUGGUCCUCCAGUUCUUAAUUGUUUUGCAAUUUUAAUUUACUUAGUGUCUAUUCAACUGGAAAGAAGAAAAUCAGAGUAUGCAAAGAUGCAUGAUCUACGGUAAAAUAAAGCCAAGAUAGUAGAAAACAAAAUUGGUGUGUCAAAGGAUUAUACCUAGUGAAUAUCAGGUUAUUUCAGAAAAGGAUGCCUUGAAUUUUUAAAAAAUAAAAAUAAAAUUGAAUUGCAGCAAUGAUAAUGUUAUCAAAAAAAAAUCACAAUUUGAAAUGUGGCCCAAAAAAGGUCCUAUGAUGCAUGUUCACUAUUUGAUUAUAUUUUAUUUGUAAGACAUAAUUUUGACUUACUGGAAUAAUCAUGGUGCAAAGAGCAUGCUCUGAGCACAGUUUUAUUGUAUGAUGUACUAAUAUGAAAAAUAUAAUAAUUUAUAUUA